GGGGGGCAUUACUUUUCAACAUUUAGAAACAGAUAACAAAACCAAACCAAAGCUACGAUGAUUCCACGCACACUUCACAGUUCAUACAUAGUAAUAAUCAUACCCACACACAUAUUCUUUGUUCUCACUGCCUCUCAUGGCAUCAACUACUCUCUUCAGCUUCAGGCUCUCUCUGGUUAACCCACUGCACCAUCAACCGAUAAAGAGACCAAAAGCUCUACUCUCCUCUUCUCGCAUCAAUCCACGCCUCGUUUCUCCCAUUAACAAUCAUUUGUCGCUCACACGUCUCACAUAUCCACUUAUCCUAUCUCGCUCUUCUCCUAACCGCAGAUUCCACGUUGGAGUACAGAAAGAGUAUUCUGAUGGGGAAAGCUCCGAGUCGCUUGUUUCUGACACAACAAACCAAGAGGAAUUCUCUUGGUCUUCUGUAAUUCUUCCGUUUGUGUUUCCUGCAUUGGGUGGCUUGUUAUUUGGUUAUGAUAUUGGUGCCACCUCCGGUGCUACAAUCUCACUGCAGUCACCUGAUCUUAGCGGUAUAUCAUGGUUCAAUCUUUCUGCCGUUCAGCUUGGACUUGUGGUCAGUGGUUCCCUAUAUGGGGCUCUACUUGGCUCGCUUCUUGCAUAUGCCAUAGCUGAUUUCCUUGGGAGGAAGCGACAACUCAUUGCUGCUGCCCUGUUGUAUGUGUUUGGUGGUGUGAUUACUGCCUAUGCACCAGAACUUGGCGUGCUCUUAGCAGGAAGGCUACUUUAUGGACUUGGUAUAGGUUUGGCCAUGCAUGGGGCUCCUUUAUAUAUUGCGGAGACUUGUCCAUCACAAAUCCGUGGGACUCUAGUAUCAUUGAAAGAACUCUUCAUUGUCCUGGGGAUUCUGCUGGGUUAUUUUGUGGGUAGCUUUCUGAUUAAUACAGUUGGGGGAUGGCGGUUCAUGUAUGGCUUUAGUGCUCCAGUCGCUGUAUUAAUGGGGCUUGGAAUGUGGACUCUCCCCCCUUCUCCACGGUGGCUGCUUCUCAGAGCAGUGCAAGGAAAAGGUUCUUUUCAAGAAUUGAAGGAAAAGGCAAUUGUUUCCCUGAGCAAAUUAAGGGGCCGACCAGCUGGUGACAAAGAAUCUGAAAAGCAAAUAGAAGAGACCCUUGUCUCAUUAAAGUCUGCCUAUGCAGAUCAGGAAUCAGAGGGGAAUUUCUUAGAGGUGUUUCAGGGUCCCAAUCUGAAAGCUUUCAUAAUUGGAGGGGGACUAGUGUUAUUUCAGCAGAUAACAGGUCAACCAAGUGUUCUGUACUAUGCAGGACCAAUUCUUCAGAGUGCUGGAUUUUCUGCUGCAUCUGAUGCUACUAAAGUUUCAGUUGUUAUUGGCUUAUUCAAGUUACUAAUGACUUGGAUUGCUGUCCUAAAAGUUGAUGAUUUGGGGAGAAGACCUCUGCUGAUUGGAGGCGUCAGUGGCAUUGCCAUUUCUCUUGUUCUCCUUUCGGCUUAUUAUAAAUUUCUUGGAGGGUUCCCACUUGUUGCUGUUGGAGCUUUACUUCUUUAUGUUGGUUGCUACCAGAUAUCAUUUGGGCCAAUAAGUUGGCUAAUGGUAUCAGAGAUCUUCCCUCUUCGCACUAGAGGAAAGGGGAUAAGCCUGGCUGUACUUACCAACUUUGCUUCAAAUGCUGUUGUCACCUUUGCCUUCUCCCCAUUAAAGGAGCUUCUAGGAGCAGAGAAUCUUUUUCUCCUCUUUGGCGCUAUUGCUCUUCUGUCACUUCUGUUCAUUAUAUUUUCUGUCCCAGAGACAAAAGGCUUGAGUUUAGAAGAUAUAGAAUCCAAAAUCUUGAAGUGACAACUUAAUCUAAACUAGCACUUUUUGAUGUGAAUGUUGUAUAUUAUGGUGAGUCUGUCACCUUGUGCAUAUAUCUCUAGCGUGGAAUUUGAUAGUAAUGGUACCAUUUGCAGUAAAGACGACGGAAUUUUUAAUCUCUAACGAGAUACUCAAAUCAAGGUUUUAGUGUUCAUGAUUCAAUUGCCACGAGAGUUGCCAUGUUAACGGAGGACCUAUAACUGCGUACCAAUCUUUUCAAGAAGAAUAUUACUAGUGUUAAUACUUAAUAUUCUAUAUUUUGUUGACUGACAAAAUUGUUAAGUGUUUCCUAAUCUUCUGGUGACAAAGUUGUAUCUCCUCUAAUUUUGAAAGUGUUUAACCAAUUAGUUGGGGAUUAUGUUGUAAGAUAAAUAUAGUGGCUUGUUUGUGCUUGUUUCUUGAUUUGGUUGUGUAAUGCAGCUGCAGUCUUGCAGUUUUGAAG